AGUUGGUGCCUAAAAAUGGUCUGUAAUCCGUGGUUCGAGAGAAUGAGUAUGCUGGUCAUUCUACUGAACUGCGUCACCCUGGGGAUGUUCCAUCCUUGUGAAGACAUCUUGUGUGACUCGGAACGGUGCAAAAUCCUUGAGGAUUUUGAUGACUUCAUCUUUGCAUUUUUUGCUGUGGAAAUGGUGAUAAAGAUGGUGGCCUUGGGAAUUUUUGGAAAAAAAUGUUAUCUUGGUGACACAUGGAACAGACUAGACUUCUUCAUCAUUUUAGCCGGGAUGCUGGAGUACUCCCUCAACUUGCAGAACGUCAGCUUCUCCGCCGUGCGUACAGUCCGGGUCCUGCGGCCACUUCGAGCCAUCAACCGAGUGCCCAGCAUGCGGAUCCUGGUGACCCUGCUCCUGGACACUCUCCCCAUGCUGGGGAAUGUGCUCCUGCUCUGCUUCUUUGUCUUCUUCAUCUUUGGCAUCGUCGGAGUGCAGCUCUGGGCCGGACUGCUGCGCAACCGCUGCUUCGUGCCUGAGAACUUCAGUUUACCACUGGGCGUGGAUAAAUUCUAUCGAACUGAAAACGACGAUGAGAGUCCAUUUAUCUGCUCCCAGCCAAAGGAGAAUGGCAUGCUUCUCUGCAACGUUAUACCCAACCUGUACAAGGAAGAGCUGCAGUGCACCCUGGACAUGACAGCAGUCAACGAAACUGACAACACCACCUGUGUCAACUGGAAUCAGUACUACACCAACUGCUCUGCUGGCAAGCACAACCCUUUUAAGGAUGCCAUCAACUUUGACAACAUUGGCUAUGCAUGGAUUGCCAUCUUUCAGGUUAUUACUCUGGAAGGAUGGGUUGACAUUAUGUACUUUGUGAUGGAUUCCCACUCUUUCUACAAUUUCAUCUACUUCAUUCUCCUCAUCAUCGUGGGCUCCUUCUUCAUGAUUAAUCUCUGCCUAGUCGUCAUUGCCACCCAGUUCUCUGAGACCAAGCAGCGUGAGAGUCAGCUGAUGAAGGAGCAGCGCGUGCGCUUCCUGUCCAACGCCAGCACGCUGGCCAGCUUCUCGGAGCCGGGCAGCUGCUACGACGAGUUGCUCAAGUACCUGGUGCACGUAGUUCGCAAGACCGGCCGGCAGCUGUGCCACCUCGUUCGGGUCGCAGCGCGCCAGGCCGGCCUGAGCGUGCGCGCCUCACCAGUCUUGGAGCAGACGUCCCAGAAGCGGCGCCGGCAAAAACAGCAACAGCAGAAACGGGCGUCGAUUCACCACCUGAUGCACCACCACCACCACCACCACUACCACCUGGGCAACGGCAGUGUCCUGCGCGGCACGGACAGGGAUCCUGAGACGGGGGCGGGCAGUCGGCGCUCGCGCAUCGGCUCCCUCAUGCUGCCCGAUACCUCGGUGUCUGCCAGCAUCGCCGCCGGGGGGGCGCCAGAUCUGUCGCUUCACUGCACCCCUUCAACCUCCAUGGCCCUCCAGGCUUAUAAGAGAAAUUCAGUGCCAUUUGCUGGGCCAGCACACAAGAACUAUCCCACUCUCCAGAGCUCCUUUCUCUUGGAGCAGCGCCGGCAGAGGUCUUUCUGUGAGAAUGCAGCUGGAGAGGGGGGAAGCUGCAUGGACAGCAUCUUUACCAACCUCAACAUCCCGCCGCCUCCCAAAAGCACAUCUCAGGGCCUGGUGGACACACACAUAGCCCCAGGUGAUAUCAUCCUUUGUAUUUCAGCUCUGCUCAGCAGGUCCUCCACGAUAAGCUGCAGCAGUACUCUAGACACUACGCUGGCCUUUGACCCCAAGAGCUGCCCCUACUGCAUGAAGGCCAAUGACUCCGAGGGGACGGAGGCCAAUGAGACGGCUGACUCAGACAGCGAGGGAGUCUAUGAGUUCACUCAGGAUGCCCACUACCGCGAUCGCCGCGAUCCCACCAAGAAAAACAAGAUGACUCUCGGUGCUCGGACAGCGAAGGUUAUUCGCUUCUGGAGACUUGUGUGUGAUACGUUCCGCAAGAUUGUUGACAGCAAGUACUUUGGUCGCGGUAUCAUGAUUGCCAUCCUUAUCAACACACUCAGCAUGGGCAUUGAAUAUCACGAACAGCCGGAGGAAUUCACCAAUGCCCUGGAAAUAAGUAACAUCGUCUUCACAAGCCUAUUUGCCUUGGAGAUGCUGUUAAAAGUCCUAGUGUAUGGCCCCUUUGGAUACAUCAAGAACCCAUACAACAUCUUUGAUGGCAUCAUUGUAGUUAUUAGUGUGUGGGAGAUUGUGGGCCAGCAAGGGGGUGGUCUGUCAGUGCUGCGGACCUUCAGGCUCAUGCGUGUGCUGAAGUUGGUGAGGUUCAUGCCAGCUCUACAAAGGCAGUUGGUGGUCCUGAUGAAGACCAUGGACAAUGUGGCCACCUUCUGCAUGCUCCUGAUGCUCUUCAUCUUCAUCUUCAGUAUAUUGGGAAUGCACUUGUUCGGUUGUAAAUUUUCUUCGGAGAGGGCUGGUGAUACUCUACCUGAUCGCAAGAACUUUGACUCUCUACUCUGGGCUAUUGUAACUGUGUUCCAGAUUCUAACUCAAGAAGACUGGAAUAAAGUGCUUUACAAUGGCAUGGCCUCCACCACCUCUUGGGCAGCACUCUACUUCAUCGCGCUCAUGACCUUUGGGAACUAUGUUCUCUUCAACCUGUUGGUGGCCAUCUUAGUGGAGGGCUUCCAGACUGAGGGAGAUGAAUCGCAGUCUAAUUCAGAGAUGGACCUUUACUCUCAAAGUAUGGAGGACCUGAGCAAUGGCAAGGGGGAUGUGGUUGCCUCUACUGUGGUGCCUAUCAAUGGACAUGUGGACCUGAAGACGAGCCUCACCCCUCCCCUCAUCACCCACACUGCUGCCACACCCAUGCCCAUUCCCAAAAUUGCAGGGGCAGGUGACCCUGCUUUAACCUUUGAGUCCCGUAGGAGCAGCAAUAUCCCCAUAGACCCCAGCUUCUACAACAAAUCUCCUUCAAGUGUCCGCAGCUCGCCUCCUCAUGUGCCCUGGAGCUCAGCCAGCAGCUGGAACAGCCGCCGCUCCAGCUGGAACAGCCUCGGCCGGGCCCCCAGCCUCAAGCGCCAGAAGCGGCAGAGCGGCGAGCGCCGCUCGCUCUUGUCGGCCGACGGCCAGUCCAGCUCCGAGGAGGAAGAGGUCAGCGGAGCCGAUGCCGGGGGAGGGGGAGACAGGUUGUCCGAGUGUGACAACGCCUCCCUGGGCCGGACGGACUCUUUUGGCCAGCGGCCGCAGCACCGGCGCAUGGAGUCCGUGGAGACGCGGAGCUCGCUCGACUUGCCACCGGACACACUGCAGGUGCCCUACCUGUACCGCUCUGCCAGUAUACACAGCGCGCGGCCCCCGCACCCCCAGCUCACCGCUGCGCAGGACUGCAAUGGCAAGAGCUCCCCCUCAGCUGCCACCAACCAGCUCUCCUUAGACGAGCACCACAGUGAGGACGAGAACGUGGAGGAGGAGGGCAACAUGAGUCGGUGGCUGCGUCUACUUCGCUGGCUAUCACAAAAGGAGCCUGAGUGGUGUCGCCAGAGAAGCAGCUGGUCGCUCUACCUGUUCCCACCUGAGUGCAGGGGGCGUAUCAUUUGCAAGAAGAUAAUCAGCCACAAAAUGUUUGACCAUGUGGUUCUUCUUAUCAUCUUCAUCAAUUGUAUCACUAUUGCUAUGGAAAGGCCACGGAUUGAUCCAAGCAGUGCUGAGCGCAUUUUCCUCAAGAUGUCGAACUACAUAUUCACUGGCAUCUUUGUGGCCGAGAUGGCAUUAAAGGUCGUUGCACUGGGCUGGUGCUUUGGAGAGAAAACCUACCUGAAGAGCACAUGGAACAUUCUGGACGGAUUGCUGGUGAUGAUCUCCGUUAUUGACAUACUUGUGACCCUGAUCUCCAACAGUGGGACGAAGAUCUUAGGGAUGCUGCGGGUCCUGAGGCUGCUAAGGACUCUCCGUCCUCUCAGAGUGAUCAGCCGAGCUCCGGGCCUCAAGUUGGUGGUGGAGACACUGAUGUCAUCCCUGAAGCCCAUCGGGAAUAUUGUGGUCAUCUGCUGUGCCUUCUUCAUCAUCUUUGGAAUCCUGGGUGUUCAGCUAUUCAAAGGGAAAUUCUUUGUGUGUCACGGCGAGGACACAAGGAACAUUACCAACAAAUCUGACUGCCUCAAUGCCGACUACAAGUGGCUCCGACACAAGUACAACUUUGACAACCUUGGACAGGCUCUGAUGUCUCUCUUCGUCCUGGCCUCUAAGGAUGGCUGGGUGGAUAUUAUGUAUGAUGGACUGGAUGCUGUAGGGGUGGAUCAACAGCCCGUAAUGAACUACAACCCCUGGAUGCUGCUCUACUUCAUCUCCUUCCUGCUGAUUGUUUCCUUCUUUGUGCUGAACAUGUUUGUGGGGGUGGUAGUGGAGAACUUCCACAAGUGCCGGCGGCACCAGGAGGCCGAGGAGGCCAAGAUCCGCGAGGAGAAGCGUCUGAAGCGGAUGGAGAAAAAGAGAAGGAGUAAGGAGAAGGAGCUGGCCGAAGCACAGAGUAAGCCAUACUACUCUGACUACUCCCCCACUCGUCUGCUCAUCCACAAAAUGUGCACUAGCCACUAUUUGGACCUCUUCAUCACCAUCGUCAUCGGCCUCAACGUCAUCACUAUGUCCAUGGAGCACUACCAGCAACCUAAGGUGCUGGAUGAAGCUCUGAAGAUCUGCAACUACAUUUUCACCGUUAUCUUUGUGCUGGAGUCUGUUUUCAAGCUCGUGGCAUUUGGGUUCCGUCGUUUCUUCAAAGACAGGUGGAACCAGCUGGAUCUUGCCAUUGUGCUGCUGUCCAUCAUGGGCAUUACCCUUGAGGAGAUAGAGGUGAACGCCUCUCUUCCAAUUAACCCUACCAUCAUCCGUAUCAUGAGGGUGCUGAGGAUAGCACGGGUGUUGAAACUGCUGAAAAUGGCUGUGGGUAUGAGAGCCCUGCUGGACACCGUCAUGCAGGCCUUGCCACAGGUUGGAAAUUUGGGUCUUCUCUUCAUGCUGCUCUUCUUUAUCUACGCAGCCCUGGGAGUGGAGCUGUUCGGUGACCAGAUCUGUGAUGCGACUCACCCCUGCGAGGGACUGGGCCGCUACGCAACCUUCAAGAAUUUUGGCAUGGCCUUCCUCCUGCUGUUCCGUGUCUCUACUGGGGACAACUGGAAUGGGAUCAUGAAGGACACUCUGAGGGACUGUGCCGGGGACAAUGUCACAUGCUACAACGCAGUGGUGUCCCCCAUCUACUUUGUGUCCUUUGUCCUGACCGCACAGUUUGUACUGGUCAACGUGGUCAUCGCUGUGCUCAUGAAGCAUUUGGAGGAGAGCAACAAGGAGGCCAAGGAUGAGGCUGAGAUGGAAGCGGAGCUGGAGCUGGAGGCCAUGGGGGCGCACCUUGGGGGAGGACCAGGAGGAGGCGCAGGCCUGAUUGGGGGGCACCUCUCCCCUUUCGUGCAGGGCGACAACAGUGGAGCAGCUAGUCCCCUGACACCUCCACCCUGGAUGUUUAAGAGGGAUCCCCAAGAGAACUCCAGCCUGGCCAAUGACAGCCCUCCACCAACAAUGGUGGACAUCCGCCGAGACUCAACAGCACACAGCAGGGUUGAUUCCCCUCAAUGUUUGGAGCCACCCAUGGAGCAGACAGAGACACUGGAGGCUACAGAGGCCGAGAACCAGCAAGAGGAGCAUCUGCUGACUGUACGCAAGACAUGUGUGGGUCGUACGCACUCUCUGCCAAAUGAUAGCUACAUGUUCCUGCCUCUUUUACCAGCUGCCUCGGCAACUUCCUCUGGACCAUUACCGCACACAACCUCACUUCAUCCACACUCAGGAUCCAGUGGAUCCAUUCCGAUCCAGCAGAGUGAAACAGGCCAGCUGCUGGCUGUGCCCUCCCAGCUCUUCCGCCCCAUAAGCCCAAGCAGCCUGUCUGAGCUGGAGGGCAUCCCGCGCAUCCCCCCGCCCCAGCGCACACACAACCUCACACGCCCACUCCGGAGACAGGUGGCUGUGAGGACAGACUCACAGGAGACAGUCCACUCCGAGCAGGACGAGGUUGUGGAAGGGGCCGUGGUGGGGCUCAGUGAACUGACCGGCCCCCCGCUGAGCUCCUCUCCUCAGCUACCUCCUCAGCACCAGCCCUCCCUCUGCCUGGUGCCGGCGGCCCCUGGAGCCUCCCCCAAAGCAGCCCACUCCAGCGUCCGCACACAGCACAACCCACGUGACCAGUACAAUGUAUUUUCUCCGAGGUCUUCCCUUGCACACUCACCCUCGCCACCUCCACUGCCCCCGCCGCGCCCCCAGCCCCCCAGCCCCCAGCAGGAGGACACGGACUUUGUGGACCAAGAGGUGUCGUGCAUCAUCCAAGAAGGCUUGGCUGCCAGCAGCAGCAGCAGCAGCAGCGCGGAGGGCCAAGAGGAGCCGAGCGGCAUCGGUCAGAUCAAGCUUAGCGAGGGGCGCAGCCCUUACCUGCGGCAGCUCAAGAAGUACCACAGCGCCGACACGCAGGGCUGCCAAGGGCUGCUGCUCCUGCGGCCCUCCUCCUGGUUGGACGAGCAGCGCCGCCACUCCACGGAGGCGUGUUCGUCGGGGGAGAGCAGCCCCCAGCUCAGCUCCGUCUCCUCGGGCUUCGUGUCGCGCGCAGACAGCCUGCAGCAGCAGAUGCACACGACGACGACGCCCACGUCCCCUCACUCGCGCAAGAAGAAGAUGAGCCCCCCGUGCAUCUCCGUCGACCCGCCCGAGGGGCGGCAGGAGCCUCCCGGCGUAGGAUUUCACCCGGCGAUGGGGCUCGGCACAGUGCCCUCCCCUCUGACCAGCCGCGACACGAGCUGUCUCCGAAGACGAGCCCCGUCCAGUGACUCCAAGGACUCCUUUGACCUGGGGGGAGGAGGGGAGCCUCUGCCUCAGGAGGGCGCUCACACCUCCAACCUGCUGACUCUGCCUAGUUUUUCCUUUGACAAGUCAAGUUCUGAGCACUGAACAGAGGAGAGUCCGAACCAUGAACACAUAAACUGAGAAAUCACACUCCUAAGAAUAUAAUGAUGCACUUUGUGUGUCUGUGAUGGUGAUAGUCCUAGUAAUAAUACUGUAGUGAGUACUAAUGCCAACUACAAUUAUGGUACAGAGAAAACAAACUUUAUACAGUGAUCAGAUAGUGACCAUCUCUUUGUUUUGUACUGCCAAACCCAGCAAACACACACACACACGCGCACACACGCACACACACACACACACAAACACAAACCCACGCACACACACACACACACACACACACACACACGCACUCAAACACACACACACACACACACACACACACACACACACACACACA